CCCAAUGCAGUGGCUGACAUUAUGACAAAGAAGUUUGAAGUGAACAAGCUUGAUUUGCUCACUCAGAGCAACAAGAAAGACAAUGUCGCAGUGAGAAUGGCCCUCGGUGAAACGCAAAUUGUCAAUGAAGUGCGCCAAUUUUUAGUGCGGAACAUGGUUUCCCUGGACUCUUUCAGCAGAGGCCACGACUGUCCUCGAAGCAAAACUGUGAUUUUAGUGAAAAAUUUACCCGCAGAGACUACAGAAGGUGAAAUUAUGCAACUUUUUUCCAAGUUUGGUCUUGUAAAUCGAGUCAUUUUACCGCCAUACGGGGUUACCGCUAUUAUUGAAAUGCAAGAGCCAAAUGAAGCAAAAUUUGCAUUUAAAAAGCUAGCUUACACCAACUUCAAACACUAUCCGCUUUAUCUUGAGUGGGCACCGGAAGAUGUGUUUGAUGGAAAUGCAUCUAAUGCUGAGCUUCCACUUGUAGAUACUUUGAGUAACUUAAAAACGACCUCCCAAGAGCCUCCAAAAAAGAUUGCGGAAAAUGAAAACGAAGAAGAGACAGAAUUGCCAGAGGACGACACUACCAUUUUUGUGAAGAAUCUCAAUUUUCAAACAGAGGAGAGUGACUUAAGUGAUCAUUUUUCAAAAAUUGGACGCGUUUAUAAGGCGACCAUUGCUACUAAAAAGUCAGCAAACGGUCUUCUAUCAAUGGGCUAUGGAUUUGUGCAGUUUUUGAGCUCCAAGGACGCCAAAGAAGCAAUCAAACGGAUGCAAAGUUCAGUUCUUGAAGGUCACACUUUGGAGCUGAAGAUGUCUAACCGAACUGUGAAUAAGCCUGCUGAGACGGCCAGCUCAACACGAAAGCCCAAAACUAAAGGCCAAAAACAGACGGGCUCAAAAAUAUGCGUGAAAAACAUUCCUUUUGAAGCCACUGAAAAGGACAUUCAAAAGAUUUUCGGUGUCUACGGUCAAAUUAAAACAGUCCGACUUCCGAAAAAGUUGGCCGGCUCAUCUUCUUUCCGGGGCUUUGGUUUUGUUGACUUUGCCACUAAUGAAGAUGCCAAGCGCGCCUUUGAUGUACUAUCCCACAGCACUCAUCUCUACGGACGCCCACUAGUGCUUGAAUGGGCAAAGGAGAGCUCAAGUGCCGAAGAUUUAUUAGGCAACAACGAAGUGAGACAAGUCGGUGCAAAGAUGGCUCGAUAUUUUGGCGAUUCGCAGUCAG